AGUCCGAGCUGACCGUGUGAAAUCCACCGCAUUAGCUAGCCUGGUAGCUAGCUGGGCUAACUAACAGCUAGCACAGCUGCGCUAGCCGUAACCGAGCGUGUCCACCAUAACCAGCAAAAUAAUUCGAUGGUUAGGGAGUGGGCUUGCCGUAGGAAAAUCAAGUGGUCAUCUGCCUGGUACGCGGCGUCUUGUGGAAGGAUAACUGCAUCCUGAGAAAUACGGUGACCUGAGCCAUGGGGGCAUUCCUGGACAAGCCCAAGACAGAGAAGCACAACGCACAUGGAGAGGGCAACGGCCUGCGCUAUGGCUUAAGCAGCAUGCAGGGAUGGCGGGUGGAGAUGGAGGAUGCACACACAGCCACAGUGGGCCUCCCCCACGGCCUGGAUGACUGGUCCUUCUUCGCUGUGUACGAUGGGCACGCUGGCUCACGCGUAGCCAAUUACUGUUCAAAGCAUCUGCUGGAGCACAUAGUAGCGGCCGGCUCCGCGGAUGAGCUACGGCGAGCCGGCGCGCCAUCACCUGAGACGCCGGCUGUGGAGGCGGUGAAGAGCGGCAUUCGUGCCGGCUUCCUACGCAUCGACGAGCACAUGCGCAGCUUCACAGACCUGCGCAAUGGUAUGGACCGCAGCGGCUCCACGGCCGUGGCCGUGCUACUCUCGCCCGAGCACAUGUACUUCAUUAACUGUGGCGACUCGCGGGCGCUGCUGUGUCGAAAUGCGCAUGUCUGCUUCUCCACGCUGGACCACAAGCCAUGCAACCCACGUGAGAAGGAGCGCAUCCAGAAUGCCGGUGGUUCCGUUAUGAUCCAGCGGGUCAAUGGCUCGCUGGCUGUGUCACGGGCGCUUGGCGAUUAUGACUACAAGUGCGUGGAGGGAAAGGGCCCCACGGAGCAGCUGGUAUCACCUGAGCCCGAAGUGUUUGAGAUUGUGCGUUCUGAGGCUGAAGAUGAGUUUGUGGUGCUUGCUUGCGACGGCAUCUGGGACGUGAUGAGCAAUGAGGAGCUGUGCGCCUUCGUCCGCGCUAGGCUGGAGGUGUCGGAUGACUUGGAGAAAGUUUGCAAUGAGGUGGUGGAUACGUGUCUACACAAGGGAAGCCGAGACAACAUGAGUGUUGUGUUAGUGUGUUUGCCAAAUGCACCCAAAGUGUCAGAGGAGGCAGUGAAGAAAGAUGCAGAGCUGGAUAAGUUUCUUGAAUCACGUGUAGAAGAGCUCAUAGAGAAAGCGGGCGAGGAGGGCAUUCCUGAUCUGGUACAUGUCAUGAGAAACCUUGCCACAGAGAAUAUCCCAAACCUACCACCAGGGGGAGGCCUUGCCAGCAAGCACAGCGUCAUCGAGGCUGUGUAUAACCGGCUCAAUCCCCAAAGAGAAGAAGAUGGGAAUGGUGCAGACCUUGAGGACCCCUGGUAACUGCCCAAUCUGAGGGCCUGACCCCUUAAAAGAUUCCUCUGUUCGGAAGAAACCCUUCAUACUUUUAUUUCCUUUUUUGUAAGAAACAGAGAAAAUGAUUGGGCCACCAGUAAUGAUUUGAAGUACAAUGGAAAAAGCAGUCAGUCCAAAGGGAUUGCAAAC